AUGCAUAUAGAGCCCAUCCUUUCCGACCCCUUCUCCUCCUCAUCCUCCUUCUAUCCAACUCCUUCCUCCUCACCAUCCUCCGACACAUCCUACCAAAUCUUUGAACAAGACCAUCCCUCCGAUAUGGGCGCCAACACCAAUGUCCACGUCGACGGCGUCGGCAUCCUCAACUACCAACGAGCAGUCGAUGUUGCACGCAACACCGAAGGCGACCUCGAUCCCACCGUCUCCGCCUACCUGGAAGGCGCAUUGCGCGACAUCUGGAGUCGCAUCACGGUUCAGCCCAACGCCUACAUCAUGACCAAGGACGAGUUCGCCAUCUUCAAUUUCUAUCGCCGUCGCUUCGACGGCGACGCCACCGCAGAGCGAGCCGUUGCCCGCUAUUGGUCCCAUACCUAUGAGACUCCCUGCGCAUCAUCGUGA